AUAUUUCUCUUUCGUAGUUUGUUUCAUCACUGCGAAGUAUUAAAUUUCGCGAUCUGAAUAAACCCUUCUUCCUUCUUCAGCGAUUCAAUUCAAUGGAUAAAGGAAAGGGUGUGAUGGGUUCUUCAGGACGAAGAUGGGCCGUUGAUUUCUCCGAUAACUCAACUUCUCGCGAUUUCAUCGAUCCUCCCGGUUUCUCACGCGCUUCCCUCAAUCAAGACGAUUCUACCCUUAGUCGCCAAAAGAAAGAUGCUGAAUCCAAUUGGAAAUCUCAGAAAGCUUGGGAAGUUGCACAAGCACCAUUUAAGAACUUGUUAAUGAUGGGGUUUAUGAUGUGGAUGGCUGGUAACACUGUUCACUUGUUUAGUAUUGGUAUUACCUUCUCAGCUCUUUGGCAACCCAUAAGUGCCUUACAGAGUGUUGGAAAAAUGUUUGAACCUUACAAAGAUGCUAAAGUGGAGCUUCUUGGGCCUAAGUUGGUAUUCAUUGCCCUUAAUUUGGGAGGCAUGUUACUAGGUGUUUGGAAGCUCAAUUCAUUGGGACUGCUUCCUACCCACACAUCAGACUGGGUGUCAUCCUUAGCACCUGCUCAGGAGGUGGAGUACUCAGGUGGGGGUCUAAAUUUCCGUUGAUGCUCCAGUUCUUACGUUUUUUUGUCUUCUCUUGGAGUAAUUUAAGGAGUUGGUACUGUUAGCAUGUUGUAAUGGUCACACAGGAUCUCAUUCGGCCUGAUUUGUUUCUUAUUUAUGAUUAAUGUUACCAAUACUUGCAGUCACCAAAGAUUAGACAUGGUUUGUAGUAGACUGGGUGAUCUGAAUAGUUAAUAACAACAUUUCUCUUUUUAUGUAGGAUUUGAAUAUUUGCACAUUUAUAAAUCUAUAUCUUUCUUUUACUGCAAACCUGAUGUAAAAGGAAAUAGCCUACUAGAAAUGUUAGGGGAGGAGAAUUUUUUUAGCAGUGGGGAUCGAACCCGAAUUCUUCCUAAUGUUCUUUCAGACUCCUUUCUUUUAAAUGUCUAUGUUGAUUCACCUGUAA